UUAAAGCUGUGGUUGCUCAGUACUCAGAUGGAUUUUGGAAUCAUUGAGAAAGUGUUGGAUGACCAUGUUUCAUGCAAGUCUUCAUGCGAUUUUUAUUCGGUUCUUGGAUGUUCAAGAAAUGCAACGACGGAACAAAUUCUUGCUGAAUAUCGUGCGAGAGUACGAAGUUAUCAUCCAGAUACUUCUUCUACUAGCGAUUUGAGCAAUGAAAGAUUUUUAAAACUUCAAGAAGCUAAGGAAGUUCUGUCAGAUGAGAAAAUGAGGAAAGAAUAUAACAAGUGGUUGGACAGUUCUAUAGCAGUACCAUGGAAAUUAUGGCUGGAACACAAUGGACUUUCUAUGGUUUGA